AUGAAAUACUUAGCUGCUUACUUAUUAUUAGUCCAAGGUGGUAACGCUUCCCCAUCUGCUUCUGACAUCUCCGCUUUAUUGGAACAAGUUGGUGCUGAAGUUGAAUCUUCCAAAUUAGACUUAUUGUUGAAAGAAUUGGAAGGUAAAGACUUGCAAGAAUUGAUUGCCGAAGGUAACACUAAAUUCGCCUCUGUCCCAUCCGGUGGUGCUGCUGCUGCUUCUUCUGGUUCCGCUGCCGCUGCUGGUGGUGCCGCUGCCGAAGCUGAAGAAGAAAAAGAAGAAGAAGCUAAAGAAGAAUCUGAUGAUGAUAUGGGUUUCGGUUUAUUCGAUUAG